AUGACGCAGACGUUGGAAGAUGACUGGCAAAAAUGCAACUAUCUCCAGGGCUUGCUCUGCCGAGCCAGCGUCCUCGCGCGGAAAAUGCCCCAGCUGACCGCAUUCGUACUCUGGAACGGUGGGAAAGCUCAUGACUGCGCUUUCAUUUGUGAGAUGGGCAACGAUAGAAGCAGUGCCUCGCUCACUUGGCGCGGCACGUGGCGUCUGGAGUUCAGACCUGCUGAGGUCAAGGCGUGGCAACUUGUAGCCUCGAAGGCCACGAAGCCGCCUUACUCGGCGUAG